AUGGCUUCACUCGAUUCGGCAAACGGACACACUUCCCUAACAAACUAUGUAUGCUUUCAAGACGUUUCUGCAAGCCGUAAUCGUGUCGGGCACUACGAUCUCGCAAACAAAACCAUUCAGCCAUUGGCCUUGUUGUCUGGUAUGUUCUUAGACAACAUAAACCAGGUUAUCGAAGUUGGAGAAUCCAACAUCGUCGCUUCGGGAAAAGCUGUACCGGUAUCUUCGGUUAAGAUACUCCCCCCAUUUAGGGGGCGGGAUGUUCUCUGUGUUGGGAAGAACUACGCCGAACAUGCCGAGGAGUUCAACAGUUCUGGAUUUGACAGUUCGGACAAAGUGGCCACGCCCUCUCAUCCCGUCAUAUUUACCAAACGGUUCACAUCAAUUAUUGCAGAUGGCGAGGAAGUUUUCCCGCAUCCCGGGUUUACAGAAACCAUUGACUAUGAAGGCGAAAUUGGCGUUGUUAUUGGCAAGGCUGGGUUUCGCAUCUCAGAGGAGAACGCGAUGGAUUAUGUAUGGGGCUACACAAUCGUCAAUGACCUGACAGCUCGAGAGCGACAAAGGGACCACAAGCAGUUCUAUAUUGGCAAAUCGCCUGAUACUUUCUGCCCAAUGGGCCCUAUUGCGGUACCUGCGUCUAAGGUUGACAAAGUUUUGCGAGUGCAGACACAUGUCAAUGGCGAAUUACGACAGAAUGCAACAACGGAAGAUCUAAUCUUUUCCAUUCCGUAUCUGAUCAAAACAAUGUCUGAGGGUCAAACACUGAUGCCAGGUGAUGUCCUUGCUACAGGAACUCCUGCUGGCGUUGGUAUCGGCAAGCAGCCUCCCGUCUACCUGAAACCAGGCGACACUGUGACUGUGGCGGUAGGUGGCCUAGGCAGUUUGAUAAAUCGUAUUGGAAACCUGGAUUCGAAGAACCCAACCAUCGAAAAGGCUGUAACACAGUCAAGUUUUCAGCAAUGCAAUGCUACUAAAAGUGUGGAAUUGACUUCGCUGACACAAAUCAACAACAAACCCCUAUUCUACAGGAGCUUUGGCACACCAUCCAGACCACCCAUUGUCUUUGUCCACGGACUUGGGGGCACUUCAGACUUCUAUACGCCACUGAUCCAGGCUCUCGGUCUCGAAAACUCGCACACAUUACAUUUAUUUGAUCUGGAGGGCCACGGAUUAUCACCCUCGUCGCCUCUCAGCAAGAUCAGCAUCGACACGAUUGCAGAUGACAUUCAUGGCGUUUUUGACAGAGCGAGACUCACUCCUGAUGCUACGCUGAUAGCGCACUCGAUGGGGUGUCUAGCAGCUGUGCAGUUUGCGUUGAAGCAUCCCGACAAGAUAUCCAAGCUGAUUCUCAUUGGACCACCGCCUUCGCCUCUACCAGAAGCCAUGAGUACCGCCGUUCACGGACGUGCUGAGAUAGUGCGUAGUAAAGGCAUGCACGCUGUGGUCGAUGCAGUAGCGACGGCUGGGACUUCUGAUACAACAAAGAAAUUGAAUCCACUCGCUGUAGCAGCAGUACGAAUGUCGCUUCUUGGCCAGGAUCCAGAAGGCUAUGCAAGGGGUUGCACCGCUCUUGCUGAAGCCAAGCCGCUUAACUUUACUGUACUGCAGUCUCAGACUCUUAUCAUCACCGGAAGUCAUGAUAAAGUCUCGUCUCCGCAUGUGUGCCAAGGUUAUACUGAAAGAAUAGUCUCCAAGGCGAGUUUGCGUAUUCUGGAUGAUGUUGGCCAUUGGCACUUAUUUGAGGAUCUGCAAAACACCGCGAGCGCAGUUCAGGAAUUUCUAUAGAUUGAAAUAAAGC